AUGGUACAGCUUUUGGCCGUAUCGGGCUUCUUUUACUCCUUUUACACUUGGCUUGACCUCAUUCUGCAGUUUGGUGGUAAUUUCGAGGAGGCUUUGAAGGACGUAGUCCCCGAGUUCGCCGACAGACGGCGCCCAGCUACCUUCCCGGGCGUCUCGACGCUAUUGUCGUCGAACUACAACUCGUCAAAGAUGGACAGGAUCGAGGGCGUGGAGUCGGCCGGUUGGAUGGGAUCGGGAUGCUCCAGAGCGAAGUUGGGCAAAGUUGAUGGCCCCGUGGAGGGCUCAAAUGGCAUCUGGAGGUGCCGAGGCAUGUUACUGCGCUCAACUAAACCCAUUCGAGGGGACACACAUCGGAGGGGUAGGCGGAUAAACGCGGAUACAGAGCAGGAAAGAUGGGAAAAGUGGUCAUGUGAGGCGGUGUUGAGAGAUAGCACCAUCGUUUAG